AGGUUCCACAACCAAUCGGAGUGCACGUAAGGCCGAGGGUGUUUGGUAUGCUCUCAGGACAGGGCAGCUUGUUCGUAGUAAUUCAAGGUUUUGAUCGUCUAACAAUAUUGUUGUGCUAUCGUUGUCUGUUACAAAAGAAAUAAUUCGCCUUCGACGGCCGCGAAAUCUUGUUGAAUUUAAUUUAGCCGCGCAUAGAAUGGCAGCAGUUUUUGAUAUCGAAUUGCACGAUGCGGACACGGUAAAUAGGGACGAGUCUGAUGAUGAUGUUAUCGAGAUUGGCGAGGAAGAGUACGAUGCGAAUCCAAACGUGAAUGAGAUAACCGAAUCGGAGGGUGUCGAAACAGUACCUAUAUCGGAACAGAAUGUAAAUCGUGGACGGGAAAGAGCUGGACCGCAGGAUUUCGAACUUUGUAAAGUUAUCGGGAAGGGUGGUUAUGGCAAGGUCUUUCAAGUGCGUAAAAUUACGGGUAAUGACAGUGGGACAAUUUUCGCGAUGAAGGUCCUGCGUAAAGCUUCAAUUAUAAGGAAUCAAAAAGAUACUGCACAUACUAAGGCUGAAAGAAAUAUUUUGGAAGCUGUAAAGCAUCCUUUCAUCGUAGACCUUAUGUAUGCUUUUCAAACUGGUGGCAAAUUGUAUCUAAUUCUGGAAUAUAUGUGUGGUGGUGAACUAUUUAGACACUUAAAUGAUGAAGGCAUUUUUCUUGAAGAAACUGCUUGCUUUUAUCUAUCCGAAAUAAUAUUGGCCCUGCAGCAUCUUCAUUUACAGGGAAUUAUUUAUAGAGAUUUAAAACCAGAAAAUAUAUUAUUAGAUGCAGAGGGACACAUAAAACUAACUGAUUUUGGUUUAUGUAAAGAACAUAUACAAGAUGGCACUGUCACACACACAUUCUGUGGUACUAUAGAAUAUAUGGCUCCAGAAAUAUUAACAAGAAGUGGACAUGGUAAAGCAGUAGAUUGGUGGAGUCUUGGAACUUUGAUGUAUGAUAUGCUCACAGGUUCACCACCAUUCACAUCUGAUAAUAGAAAGAAGACCAUUGAAAAAAUUUUACGUGGUAAACUAAAUCUACCACAAUAUCUAACGCCUGAUUCCAGAGAUCUCAUACGAAAAUUAUUGAAGAGGCAAGUUGCACAAAGAUUAGGAUCUGGACCGUCUGAUGCGGAACAAAUAAAAAGUCAUCAAUUCUUCAAGCAUAUCAACUGGAAUGACGUAAUUUCUCGAAAAUUAGAACCGCCUUUUCGACCAACAUUGACAAGUGAGGAUGAUGUGUCACAGUUUGAUAAAAAAUUUACAACAUCCGCACCAAUUGAUUCUCCCGCGGAAUACACGUUAAGUGAAUCCGCCAAUAGAGUAUUUCAAGGAUUCACUUAUGUGGCACCUAGUAUACUAGAGGAUAUGUAUUCACAGCCACGGGUAAUAAAUGCUAGAAGUCCACGUAGGGGCAAUAUGCGUGGUUUUUCUCCUAGAGGCACGCAUUUUCAUUUACAUAAUAAUCAUGUACAAAAUCAUAGACAUAAUGGAGUUGGACAUGGCAAUGUAGAAGAUACAGAAAUGAUCGAAAUCGGCUAACUGCCACUUUUUUAUAGUGAAAAAAUGCUUAGCAUUUCGGCCUAACUGCUGAAUAUCCAUGACCAAUCCUUGUGUCUCAGGGAGGGAUUUUAUAAAACAUAGAUGGAGUAGCAAAAGGAUAGGUCCAAUAUCCAGUGCUUCAUUGGAUGUUCAGUAGUUAAAUGUAGCUAAUUUUUUUUUUUAAUCAAAUCUAAUUAUAGUACAGGUACUAAUUAAGAUUAUGCUUUAAGAGCAGCGACGCAGUAGUUAUUUGGUAGCAUGUAAUAAAAAAUAUAUAUAUUUAUGAGUGAAGAAGCUCUUGAGACACGAAAUAAUCAAGAGAGAAAGAGUUUUAUUUACUUAUUUUGUCGUUACUAGCUAUGUACUGAACGUUAUAACAAGAUGCAUUAUUCGCAUACAUUAUAGGCAAAGUACUGCAUACCUUUCAUUAAUCCGUUAAUACGUAAUCACUUUAUUGUGUUUUUUGUACAUAUGAUUAGCAGGUUGGUUGGAUAUUCAUAUACAGAUAUAUAUAUAUGUAUAGAAAGAGAAAAAAAGAUGCACAUACAAACGUCAUUUAUGCAAAGUGCGACAGACUGAAAAAUUCCAGCACUUUUAGAGAUUCAUAAAUUAUACUGUUAAUACAAAAGUUUGACGUUCAACCAUCCUGUAAUACUUGUAUAUUUAAAAGUGUAAUAAUAUUGCGGUGUACGCAUGCUUAAGUGUAAUUAAUUCAAGAAAAAAAAGGAAAGAAAGAAAGAACAUAUAAAAGACAGAUAGAUUUAAAUAACGAAGGUUCAUAGCUGCCACAACCGCUCCGCCGCUCAAAAUUCUAUAUCCGAUUGUUCAUUUACAAAAAUAUUUUCAGCAGUAAUAACGUUUCCAUGGCAAUAAUGUAAACAAUAACGCAUCUGCACGAUAGUCAUAGAAAGAAAACGUUUACGUAAUACUGCAACGGAAUUGUAUUUGUACAAUUGAAAGUUCCUAAAGUGUGAGUUUGAAACUCUGCAACUUAUAUUCCAGACUUUGAACAUACAAAUACCAUUUGUAGAAGCCCUUGUUUCUUCAUUCUACGAAAGUUAAUUUAAACACUUGAAUGCCUUAGAGAAAAAAGGGAGGAAGUAAACUCCUGUAUAGUUUUGUGUAAUUAACGAAAAAAUGUAACACAAAAGCAAGUUACCAUGGUAACAAUGUUACUGCGAAAUGUUGAUUUUCCGCUACCAAAACAUAUUUCGUAUUUAAUGCUCGUGUUUAUAUGCUGUUCAGUGUGACAUUGUACUGCAAUUUAUUUAAAUAUCUAUUUGUUACGGAAAUAUUUAUAUAUUAUCGAAAGCUAAUAUAUUGGUUUUGACGUACACACGAUACACAAUAGUAAAGAUUCGAAAGAGAUAGUGUAAAGAAUAAGUGUUUAGAGUGACUUGUUGGCCGCUCACCGAGAAACUUCAAACUACCCAAGUGUUCACAGGCCAUACUAUUUGGCAUUACAAUUUUAUCUAUAUUUACUAUAGCGAAUAUACACACAUGGUCGAAAUGUUAGAAAAUUCCCACUGCGAAUAUUACAUUUCGACUAUGCAUACACACAAACAAACGCAUAUAUAUAUUGUGUAUAUAUAUAUAUAUAUAUAUAUAUUGAAUGUAUAUAUAUACCGUAUAUAUAUGAUUAUACUAUUCGCAAUUGUAUUGUAUUACAAGAAAAGCGUGUAUUCGAAGAAUAAUUUAUAAGCUACUUUUUCUGUACGUAUCGAAUGAUGUAUUUUCGAUGUUGAAGCGAGAAUCUGUCUACAGAGUUGCUCGAAUAAGCUGAUCAUCGUGUUUAAUGUUUACGGAUUUUUCUGUAGUAGAAAAUACCAGAACAAAAUGUGUAAACGAUGUUGAUGUUUCGUUGCAUCGUUCUGUCGGAUUUAUAAAGUGAGGUAUUAGCAUUUAAUUGAUAACUGUAAAAAAAUCAGCAUUACGUCAGUAACGGCGUCACAAUGUAUUAUCAUAUCUACAUAUAUAAUGUACUAUAAUUUUUUAUGCGUUUUUUGAUAACAAAGAACAUUAUAUAAGGUUGAAAUCUCGUUUUGGAAUGUAUUAGAACAUUUACGAAGAGAAAAACGAAACAAGAUGAUAACACAUUUCAUUACUCGUUUAAAAUAAGAAACUUUGUAGGUAGAUUCUACAAAAUAUGCUUUGCAACAACCGAUUUUGGUGCUCGAUACCCUUUAAUUUGAUUGGAUUCUAAGCGGCCUGAAUACCAUAACUAAUUUUUAUACCUUAAAUGAAUAUCGAUUAUCGUAGUACAUACUACUCUAUUUAAAUCUUGUACAUUACGUUCUUUCGUAGCCAUUCAAAACGAUUACGGAAACGAAUUUAGUAGAAAUUUAAGAUUUAUUUUUCAUAAUAUUAUUUUCAAUGUAAUAAUAAUAACAAUAAUAACGAAGAAGCGUGUUAUGGUUACCCACGAAGCACAAGAUAUAUAUUAGUUAAGCGCUUAAAAAAAAUAAGAAAAAAAGGAGAUAUCAUCGAAUGAUGUGCAAACGAAACACUAGCCAUUGGCCGGAUCAAGUGAUAAAUGGUUUAAUGCUUCCAAUUAAAAGAAAUAUAGAUUCUUCAAUUGACUUAUUGCUACCAUGGUUUGUAAUCCUCUAAAUCAUAUAUAUGAAUAAAUAUAAUGAUUUGUGAAA